GCUUCGCCUGCUUGUGUGGCCGGGAGCGGCGAGGGCGGGGGCCCGGGGAGAGGCUGAAGCGUUGUCCAACACGUGAGGCUCAUGUGAUGGAGGGGAAGGCAGGUCUGUCCCUCCCUCCGGUAGCAGCCAGACGUGCCCGGAGUCACAGGGUAGAACACGUAGCUCCAGUCCACCCACUCGCUCACAUUUAACCCAGCCUGCAGCCUUCCAAUUACUCCUCAGCUCGCCAGCUCCCGCGCGACCCGGUGCAGACGCCCAGCGCUGCCAAGUGGAAAGAGGACAUGAGCAACUAAGAGCAGCAGCAGCAGCCGCCGCCGCUAGCUGAUCUCCUGCGCUCUUCCGGCGCCGCUUCUUUUGUGGGUGCCAGGCGCGCACCGUUUGCCGGAGGUGGCGCGUCCCGGCUCAGUCACUGGAUCGGCGUUGACACGAAGCAGUGCGCCUGCCAGCCAGCUAACUAACUAGCUUGCCAGCCUCCACCUUACUUCCAGGAUAGAACUUGGGUUGUGGGGGGAAAAAGAAAUCAAGCCGGUUUAAAUGGAAAGGAUCCCCAGCGCUCAGCCUCCUCCUCCUCCACCACCUUGCCUGGGCAAGCUGGCAGCUCUGGAGGGCAGCGAAAUGUCAGGGUUGGAUUUCGCUCAUAUUUAUCAAGUUUACAAGCCCAGAAGAGGGUUAAAAAGGGGUGACGACAGCAAGGAGACCUAUAAGCUGCCCCACAGACUGAUAGAGAAGAAAAGACGGGAUAGGAUUAAUGAAUGCAUUGCCCAGCUGAAAGAUCUCUUACCAGAACAUCUCAAACUUACAACAUUAGGACACUUGGAAAAGGCGGUGGUUCUUGAACUUACCUUGAAGCACGUGAAAGCACUAACCAGUCUCAUUGAACAACAGCAGCAGCAGAUCAUUGCCCUCCAAAAAGGUCUACAUGCUGAUGAGCUGCCCCCAAGGAGCCUUGACUCCAGCCAGGAGGUGUUUCGGUCCGGUUUCCAAAUGUGUGCCAAAGAAGUGCUGCAGUAUGUGGCCAAACACGAGAACAGCAAGGAGCUGAAAUCCUCCCAGCUCAUCGGCCACCUGCACAGAAUGGCCUCCGAGGUUCUUCAGGGUGGAGCCGGCAGAAAGCCUGGUGAUGUUGCCCCUAAACUUACGGAACUGAAGGAGAAGUCUGGCGCUCUGACCAAAGCUGCCGAGGCUCAUGGGAAAAACUGUGUGCCUGUCAUUCAGAGGACUUUCGCCCACUCUAGCGGAGAGCAGAGCGGCAGCGACACAGACACAGACAGUGGAUAUGGGGGAGAGCUGGAGAAAAGCGACUCCAAAUCCGACCAGCAAUAUUUUAAAAAGGACGCUGAACUCAAAUAUGCUGUCCAGGAGAGAAUCAGCUCUAUCAAACAAGAGACUGAGGACCCGCCAGCCAAAAGAACCAGGAUGGAAAUGUUGGAGGACGAAGAUCAUUUUGGCAGCGAUGUGCUCGGCUCUCCAAGCAGUUUCUUGGGCCCUCAUCCUCACCAGCCUCCUCUGUGCCUGCCUUUCUAUUUGAUUCCACCCUCAGCGACAGCCUACCUGCCUAUGCUGGAGAAGUGCUGGUACCCGGCCUCUAUGCCUCUCUUGUAUCCAGGCCUCCCAGCCUCCACUGCAGCACUUUCGGGGUUAAUGAACCCAGAUAAGAUUUCUUCUCCUUUACUAAUGCCUCAGCAACUCCCUUCUCCAGGACCAUCCCACUCCCCCAUGGACUCUACUGCUCUGCUUCAGGCUUUGAAGCAGAUGUCUCCUUUGAAUUUGGAAACCAAAGACUAAACCUGGAGUGACUUUUCCUUGAGAUUUUUCUCUCUCCCCGCCCCCCCCCCCUUUGCUGGAUGAGUUUGUGAUUAUUUCAGGGUUCCCAGCUCUCUCUCACACACACCCUAAACUGGCUGAACUGAGAAGCACUGAGGGGAGUGGAGAGAUCGUUGAUCAUUUAUAUGUAGAGAAGCUGAGUCAUCCCUUGCUUUGACUGCCCAGAGAAUUUAGGAAAGACCUCAGAGAUGAACCCAAAUUAGUUAUGGGA